UUGUCAUAGAUCCAUUCCUGAGUGUAGAAAGUGUGGCAGCAUAGACUUGCAGGAAGUGUUUGUACAUUUGUAGCUUUAAACCGAAGAGCAAAGAGUUCUGUUUGAAUCCAUUUGACUUCAGAGUGGUCUUUCUGAUGCAGUACUGCAGUACUCGGGGUGGGGUCCAUGGAUGGGACUUCGAUGAUGUGUUGUUUUCAGGAUACGCUCCAGACGGGGGUAUGUUCAUGCCCGAGAGUGUACCUGUGCUGAGCCCAGACACCAUGAGGAGCUGGAGGGGGCUGACCUACACCCAACUGGUGGUGGAGGUUGCCUCACUGUUCAUCCCCACUCAGCUGAUCCCCAGAGAGGACCUGGAGGUCCUUGUGGGUGAAGCCCUGACUGGUUUCUCAGUGCCUGAGGUGUUGAGGAUUGUCCGGCUGAAAGAGGGUCUGUCAGUCCUGGAGCUCUUCCAUGGAGAGACCUUGGCCUUUAAGGACCUGGCCAUGACCUGCACAGUGCACUUCUUGAACUAUUUCCUGCGAAAACAGAAUCGCAGAGCUACAGUUCUUGUAGGUACAUCAGGAGACACGGGUGGCUCAGCCAUCCACAGCGCAAGAGGUCUCAGUGGGUUGGACGUGUUGGUGGUUUACCCCCGAGGACGCGUCACACCAGUCCAAGAGAAACACAUGAUCACCUGCCUGGAGGAUAAUGUCCAUGUGUUUGCUGCCGACGGCAGCUCAGACGACAUAGAUCAGCCUCUGCGGCGUCUCUUUGCAGACCAGGAGCUGGUCAAGUCCCACGGUCUCAUGAGCCUCAACUCAGUCAACUGGUCAAGAGUCAUGAUCCAGCUCGCCCACUUCAUCUAUGCUUACCUGGAGCUCAGUGGUAUGGAGCAGGCCGAGGCUGAUGGAGACCUGCCUGAGCUGGAGGUGGUGGUGCCCACUGGAGGGGCAGGAAACAUUGCCGCUGGCUACAUUGUAAAGCAGAUGGGAUUGCCUCUGAAGCUGGUUGCCAUGGUGAAUUCUAAUGACAUAGUGCACAGGACGGUAACCACUGGUGACUUUUCCAUGGCAGCUAAUGUCACACAGACUUUGGCCCCUGCCAUAGACAUCCAGGACCCGUACAACAUGGAGAGAAUGUUCUGGCUGUUGCUGGGCAGAGAUGGAGCUUCAGUGAAAAACAUGAUGGAGGAGUUCCAAAAAACACAAAGACACUCUCUGCCGGAAAACCACCGCAAACUAUUGUCACAAGUUUUAUCAAGUGGAACAGUGACUGAUGAGGGGAUCCUGGAGAUCAUGAGGAGAUGCUGGGAGGAGAACCAGUAUGUCCUUUGUCCACAUACAGCUGUAGCUGUAUGGCAUCACUACCACUGUCCUCACAGCCCCGGGCUAAACAGGUGCUACAUUGCAACAGCAUCUCCAGCCAAGUUUCAGGCAGCAGUGCAUAGGGCUGGCCUGACCUUUGACCUGCCUGAGGCAGUGCUGGUGUUGGACAAGUUGGCCACCCGUUGCCAGAACCUGGAGCGGAGCCUGAACUGGUGCAAAGACUGGGAGGACAGACUGAGAGAGAAAAUCCAGUCUGUGAGCUCAGCCAGGAAGACCAGAGGGACGUACUACUGCUGAUUAGGAAAGAUGUGAUUACAUUGUUAAAGGGGGUUGUACUUCAGAAAACCUGAUUGGACAUUAAACUGUGUACGGGCGAGGUCACCUGACUCUGGCAGAUUGUCCAUAAUCCUUGUGCUGCUUUUUCUGGAUUUAGUAAAUUGUCUAGAUGGGAAAGGCCUGUUGUUGCCUCUUUGAUGGACUUUGGUCUGUAUGGUCAUAUAAAUUAUCUUUGUAUUUCUACAGUCAUCCACCAUGUUCACAAUGUCCAAUGUUCCUUCACAACUGUAACACAAAUGUAAAUGAAUGCCGAAGAAUAAAGUCAAACUGCGAGUUAAA